AUGUCAGAUUCUCGGACCAAUUUAUUAUCUUCGGUAAUAUCACAAAAUCCUGAGCAUACGUACUACACUUUACCGCCGGAAACAUUCUCAACCAACUCAGGGGAAUCUAUAAGAACCCUUCAUCAAUUAAAUGAUGAUAACCACAAUGCAUUUUUGGAAAUUAACGAAAAUCUUGUGAUUGUUCGUGAUGUAAUCAGGAAUUUGGUGCCUCUUGGCUCAAUUAAAAACUCGGGGGAUUUAAUAACAGAUACUGUAGUGGAUUAUGUAUUUGAAAAAUGUAAAAAUCAUUCGAAUGUUGUUUUUGUCACUCUUCACUACGCAAGAGAACUACAAGAGGUGGAUAAAAUUAAUGAUGUUCACGGAAGAGGAGGACCUGCCGUGCGGAGCAUGAGGAGAAAAAGAAUCGAGUGUGGUGUGUUUUUGGCUAGGGAAUUGGUUCAUAAGUUCAAAAAUCAAGAUCUAAUAUUUGUUGAAGUAUUAACAAGGCGUUAUGCCUUUUCUCAAUAUGAUGACGUGAAAUGUCGCAAAAAUGCUUUAGAACUUGCGGUUAAAUUGCACUAUAAUCAUGGAGAUUAUGGUGGUGUCUUUUUGGCCGACGAUGAAGUUCAGGCUUGCAUUUAUGCAUUAUGGGUUGGCGAUUUAAUGCCCCGGAUCUCUGCAUAUCCAAAAAUUUCGGCGCCAAUAGAAUUUUAUGUUCCAAGGCACAGCAUUUCCUUCCUGGAAAAUUUUCGGAAUUUUGAAUUGUUGAAUAUUCCAAGAAAUCAAUAUUUGCUCAAUAUGAUUGCGUGGAUUGCAUUAUUACUCAUUUACACCUUGGUUGCUGUAAAUUGUAAAGAAGUGCAUGGAUUUUGUGAUGCUUUGGAAUGGUCUAUGUAUAUUUUGGUUCUCGGAUUCAUGGUGAAAGACAUAAGCCUGUUUUUAAAACACGGAAUUAAAAUCUAUAUUCACACAAGGAAAGUGAUAUCAUUAAUUCUUUAUGUCAUAUUUGUGGUGGAUUUUAUAUUAAGGGCAAGUAACCAUGACUCUGGAUCCACCGAAACUUUGAAUUCUCACCGUAAAGCCUUAUCAUUGGUUCCACUGUUUCUUCAUUGGCGCGUCAUGCUGACACUAGACGCAUUCCAAACUGUUGGGAGAUGGUUGACUGAAAUUUCAAGAAUCCUACGCAAGAGUAGGUCAUAUUUUAUAUUGUUGGGUUUAGCAACAAUUGCCUUUUUCCAAUCGUUCUUGGUACUUCACGGAAACUCGGACAGGGUGCCCGGAGAGAGAAAUGAAUGGUCCAUUAUGUCACUUCUGGUUAAAGGAAUGUUAAAUGCACCUGACUUCUCGGGAUCUUUGCAUCUAGGAGAUCAAUAUGGAUUUUAUCUGUAUUCAUUCUACGUUUUUACCGUUAGCGUGAUCCUUUUCGCAUUCCUGCUUCCGCUUUUCAUGACAGCAUUCAUAAACCGAUGUACAGUACCCGAAGAAUAUUUAGCUCAUUUUGCCACGAUAGUGGUUCAAGACGUCCGUGACAAUAUUCCGGGUCAAUACAACUACCCUCCGCCUUUCAACCUCCUUUACUACACCGUCGUUCUACCUAUCUGUUUCUUAGUCAAUAUAAGAAAACGUAGAAAUCCAUUCUUGUGGAUAAACAUCGAGAAGAUAUUGACAAUGGCUGUAUUUUUUAUUCCAAUGAUCGUGUUUGCGAUGGUCGAGGUACAAACUAAUAGAAAAAAAGAUAAAGAUGCGAGAGAGGAUGAUGUUAAAGUUAUUCCGGAUUUGCCUAUACCAAAGGGUGAGGGACAAAUGUUGAGAAAGAUGUUGACUGCAAUUGAAGAUAUUCACGAAUUACAAAAGAAUAUCCACGCGAGGUUGGAGGCUGUGGAGACACAUUUGGGAGUUUAUGGCGGUUUAUGA